CAUUUCAAACUGAAGUUGACUUCCAGCCCUUUCAGAGCUGUAGAACUUGUUUUAAUCAACUUCCCUUGAUAAAAGAGCUGGAUUCUAGCAACUAUACCUCCUUUAUCCUCUCUCUACUGAUGUCUGGAGCCAUGAGAAUUUUUUUCUUAGUUUCUGCUGCUCUCAUUCUCCUUGCUCACAUUUUCUCAGCCCAUGGAGCUAUACACAGAAGGAUGCAGUGUCAGAAGAUGGAUGGUCGCUGUGAGGUUGAGUGCCUUUCCUUUGAAGAUAAGAUUGGGGGCUGUAGAGCUGAACUGACACCACUUUGCUGCAAAAAAAGGAAGAAUAAUUAAAAGCCAAGCAGGAGCUCCAGAAAGUGAGAAGCAAAGAUCCUCUGGCUGUGAGCUCCAUGCGGCAAACAUCUCUGGAUUUAUUCUCUUGACCUCCAACAUGGGCAUUCUUUGAAUGAAGCUGUCAAUCCAGCUUCUGACACUGCAGAGAAAUACGAUCUGUAGGCCAUGAGGGGCCUGGGGGAAGGCACUGUGUUAUGUUGACCUUCGGAAUCCUCACUUGCUGGCAGAGGCCCCCUUAAUUAUUUUAUGGAUUAAUAAAGUGAGUGAGCAGAUUAACAGAUUAAACAGGUAGAAUGGAAAGGUGGGACCAUGGUUGAAAUGUUCUAAAACCCUGGCUUCAGACAGAGCUGUGACCCUGGGUCUUUGUCGUUCAGACUCUGGUCUCUGUAAUAUGAGACGACUCAACCACAUAGUACAUGCCCAUGUGAUGGACACAAAUUGUGGCCGCCUUAGCAGUCCUGCUGGCUCAUGCUUCUCCGGCUCCUUCACAGAUAGCUGUUAGCAUGGCUUCCCCUCCCUCUUCAAUCUGGAACAUCAAGUGCCAUAAUGAAAAGGGCCUGUGUCAAAGUUUAAGCUGGCCAAAGAUUGGGUAGCGUCUUCAUGCUGGCCUCUUGUAGUGAGAAUGUAGCAGUCAUGGCCUCUUCAAGAGCAGGGUUCCUAGAGAUAGUCUAAUUCAACACCUUCAUUACAGCGGAGGAGAUAGAGACCCCAGAAGAUGCCACUGUUGCCGGCUUAGUCACAGCAACACUUUGGCUUUUGGUCUUAUGUUCUUAGCAUGUCCACAAAAUGGGGUCCUGGCUGAGAGCAGAAGCCUGAACAGGGAUUAUUUAUAGCAGCUCCGGUGAGCAGCUGGGUGGAAGAAGAAGUGGAAACAGCUGCAGAAGAGUUGGACACUUUCCAAGAUCCCUCCUGUGACCUUGUGAUCCUUGCUUGUCUGGGCUGAUGGUAACAGCACACAGGUUUGCUUUUGCCCUUAUUUGCCAAAAUUCAGACUCCCAGCUUUCAGGGCUAGCAAUAUAUAUGUCAUAGGCCACUGUCAUCCUAGACUGACAGCACACUGCUCCAGAACAGAAGAAAGAUAGCCCCUUGGCUCAGUCUGGAGAAUGUCCUUACCUAUUUGACUAAGCCUGCUUUCUGUAGAGAUGUAAAUAAAGGAGAGCAGAAUAAAACACAACUUACUUCCAAGGAUGAGCCAAUUUAUAAAGGCUGUAAAAUAAGAAAUCAAAACAUUUUUUCUAAAAAAUGUUCUGGUGCUGCUACAUAUCUUCAUGGCUAAUGGGCUGAUUUUUUUAUUCUGAAAACUACACAAGAGACGAGUGGGUGGAAGAAGCUCUCUUUUUGCAAGUAUCACAGGUCCUGGGGUCUUCCCAGAAGUUGCUUACCCAGGCCUCAGAUAAAACUAACUGCCUUUGAGAAUCUAAAUGUAUUUAGGCCUCAUACCCUGUUCUUUCUGUUUUUUUUUUUUUCUCCUGUUUCCUUGCAAAAU